AUGUCGAAAAAGGGUGACGGUCAGAAGCGGGGAACUUCUCCUGCAAACAAUCCACCCGCGGAUGUCAGCUGUGAAAUCUGCAAGAAGCCGGAUGAUAGUCGGAUGGUAGCGUGUGAUGUGUGCGGAAAGUGGUAUCACUUCGCGUGUGUGAAAGUUGACGAUGGUGUCCAGGACCGUGAUUGGAGCUGCGAUAGUUGCACCGAAGCCGGAGCAGCAGUUCAAGUCCCAGCCGGAAGUUCAACGUCAUCCACCACCGGAGCUACAGCAAAGGCAACAAAAACGAAGCUACACGAGCUUGGUCCGGACGACGGUCUUCAACGCCAGCUAGCGGCGAUGCAGAAGAAGUUGAAUAACCAGCUGAAGGAGUUUGAACGGGUCAUGAAGGAGAAAGACGAGCAACGUUACAGGGCCCUCAGAGAGCAACGGGAAAAAUACGAGCAGGAAAUAGAGGAUACCGAGCGACGUAUACGGAGCUCGCUGGAGGCUCGUCAGCGAAUAGUGGACGCAUUCGGAGAAGGUCCAACAGCGAGCUCAACGGGCAAUCCGGUUCCGCAAGUUCAUGUGAACGGUUCCAACCAAGCGGGAGAUGUUCUGGCACAGGAGCUGCAGUUGCUUGAGGAGAAGCAAGCGUUAGAAAGGAGACAUUUGGAGGAGAAAAGUCAGAUUCUUCAAAGGUGUGGACGGUUCGACGGAGAUGCAGCUCAAGGUGCUUCCGGACUCAACCCUCAGGCGAACGCGUUUCAACCGUGCAAUCGGAGCAAUCUGUGUGGUGUCUCUACACUCAACCAAAGCCAGGUUUCAGCGCGCCAAGCUGUUAGUAAGGAACUUCCGAGCUUCACAGGAAAUCCUGAAGAGUGGCCCCUAUUCUUCGCAAGCUACGAGAACUCUACUCGAAUCUGUGGGUACAUCGACCAAGAAAAUCUUCUACGGCUUCAACGAUGUCUUAAAGGAAGAGCUUUGGAAGCAGUGCGUUGUCGACUGCUGCAUCCUUCAAACUUGCCAGGUGUUAUCACUACACUGAGCACGCUGUUUGGAAGGCCCGAGAUCAUCGUGCAUUCGCUGGUUAGCAAGAUUCGGGAGAUGCCACCACCGAAAGCAGAAAAGCUGAACACAUUGAUCGAUUUUGGAGUUGCUGUUCAAAACGUCUGUGCCACCAUCAAGGCAGCGGGUCUCGACGAUUAUUUGUGCAACGUAGCUUUACUGCAAGAGUUGACGGAAAGAUUGCCACCUGCUGUAAGGCUCAACUGGGCGUCUCACUGGCACACGCUGGAUAGGGUCACCUUGUCGGACUUUGGAGAUUGGCUUGGAAAGUUGGUGGAAGCAGCCAGCGUAGUCACGAUUCCAUCCAUCGGUGUCCCGAAAUCGGAGAGACGUGGUCGAAAGGAGGAUAACUACCUCAACGUACACUCGGAUAGCAACCCCACCGAAGAACUCGCCACGAAGACUCGUUCGCUACCAGUUCCGAAAGGUUGCGCUGUAUGUCUGGAGGAAUGCAGCGGUCCAGAGACGUGUCGUAAAUUCCUCAACAUGGACAUCGGAGCCCGUUGGACAGUUGUAAAGGAGCAGAAGUUGUGUCGAAAGUGUUUGCGGAAGCAUUUCGGCGCCUGUCACGUUAAAACAGCAUGCGGAAAGAAUGGUUGUUUGUUUAUGCAUAGCAAAUUGUUGCAUGACGACAAACGGUACAACAAGCCCGCAGUUUCGGAACCGACGGCGUCUACGAGCGGAAAUUCAUCAUCGCAGAGCUGUAACACUCAUUCGAAUACGGCUGGGAAGGUUCUGUUUCGAUAUGUGCCUGUGAUCAUCUACGGAAAAGGGAAGUCUGUGAAAACCUUCGCCUUUCUUGACGAUGGGUCGUCGGCUACAUUUAUGGAGCACAGCCUGGCGAAGGAACUGGAUCUUGAAGGAACAUCGCAUCCAUUGUGCCUCAACUGGACGGGAGGUCAACAAAGGGAGGAAAAGGAAUCGAUGAAGCUAACGCUGAAGAUUUCCGGAACACACGACGCCAGCAAGGUCUACGAACUCCCGAAGGUUCACACGGUACGGAACCUUUCUCUACCGAAGCAGUCGGUGUCAGUACAACAAUUGGCAGCCAAAUACAACUACCUGAAGGGAUUGCCAGUCAAAUCCUACGAAAGCGUGUCUCCAAGAAUCCUGAUUGGGAUGGACAAUUGCCGCCUCGGUCACGCGUUGAGAAGCACCGAAGGAAACGUGAACGGACCGGUCGCAACGAAGACCCGUCUCGGUUGGCUCGUGUGCGGACCGUGUUCGAUGAUAUCUGGAGCAGCAAAUACAGGUUACAGCGGCUACCACAGCUUUCACAUUUGCCCGUGUAGUACGGAAAUGGAUAAGGACCUGAACGGCGCUUUGAAGGAGUAUUUCUCGAUUGAGUCGCUGGGAAUCUCUGGAUCGUCCAAACCACUAGUUUCGAAGGACGAAGAACGAGCGCUGAAGAUUCUAUCCACCGAAACACACCUGAAAGGGAACCGCUAUGAGACUGGCCUGUUGUGGCGGUACGAUAAGGUGCAAUUGCCCGACAACCGAGCAAUGGCGUUGAAGCGUCUAGCAUGCUUGAAGAAGAGGAUGAGACGGGAUCCCGAACUAGCAGCAGCAAUACGUGCUAAGAUGUCAGAGUACGAAGAAAAGGGGUACAUUCGAAAGCUUUCAGCGGCUGAGAAGGCGGAAAAGCAUCCGAACGAUUGGUAUCUGCCGAUCUUCCCGGUCACUAACCCGAACAAACCUGGGAAGAUACGGAUCGUUUUCGACGCAGCUGCAAAGGUGAACGGCGUGUCCCUCAACUCGUUACUUCUUACGGGACCGGAUCAACUGGUAGCGCUGCUUACAGUUCUGUUCAAAUUCCGUGAAUUCCGUAUCGCCGUAGUUGGGGAUAUCCGCGAAAUGUUUUUCCAAGUGCUGAUGAGGCUGCAAGACCAGCGAAGUCAAAUGAUCCUGUGGAGCAGCGGAAAACCCAAUGAAGAUCCGGACGUGUACGUAGUGAAUGUUAUGACGUUCGGCGCAGCGUGUUCUCCAAGUUCCGCGCACUAUGUGAAGAACCUGAACGCAGAUAGGUUCAUGGAGCAGUUCCCUCGAGCGGUUGAGUGCAUCAAGUACGAACACUAUGUCGACGACAUGCUAUCCAGUGUGGAGACCGAGGAGGAAGCCGUGCAGCUAGCCAAUGAAGUGCGUUUCGUGCAUUCUCAAGGAGGCUUCGAGAUUCGUAACUGGUUAUCGAAUUCAAGCAAAGUCACGACGUCCUUGCAGGAGGGCACCACCACGGAGAAAAACAUGAGCCUAUGUACGGAGAUGGCAACGGAGAAGGUGCUUGGAAUGUGGUGGGACACCGCCACCGACACGUUCACGUUCAGGAUAUCACCAAAACAUGAUGCGGAGCUGUUGUCCGGAGUCAGAAUGCCCUCGAAGCGGGAAGUGUUACGGACGCUGAUGGCGAUAUAUGAUCCAAUGGGACUUAUCGCCAAUUUCUUGAUGUAUUUGAAAAUUCUCCUUCAAGAAAUUUGGCGCUCUGGGUGUGCUUGGGACGAUGAAGUCACUGGAAAGCUGGCGGAGAAGUGGAUGAUUUGGAUCGCAGUGUUGCCUGACGUACGUAAGGUGAGCGUUCCUCGGUGUUAUCGAUACAUCACGACUGCUGAAGCCACAAACACUGUUCAGCUGCACGUCUUCUGCGAUGCAAGCGAAAAUGGAAUAGCUGCCGUGGCAUACUUUAGAUUCGAAGAAGCUGGAGUGAUAGAAUGCGCCAUGGUCGGAUCGAAAACACGGGUAGCACCGUUGAAAUUCCUCUCAAUUCCACGAUUAGAACUACAAGCUGCUGUAGUCGGAGCGCGUUUGGCAGACAGCAUUGCAGGCUCACACCGGAUCAAGAUUUCACGCCGAAUAUUCUGGACGGACUCCCGCGAUGUGGUAUGCUGGAUACGAUCCGAUCACCGACGCUAUAGCCAAUUCGUAGCGUUCAGGAUCAGUGAGCUGCUGGAAAGCACUGGAGGGGAUGAGUGGAGAUGGGUGUCUACGAGAUCGAAUGUGGCUGAUGACGGAACGAAGUGGCAGAGGCUGCCGGACUUACAACCUACAAGUCGCUGGUUCCGCGGACCAGACUUCCUAUGGAAACCGGAAACCGAAUGGCCAGGUGAAGGCGGAGAUCCGGGGACGACUGCAGAAGAGAUUCGUCCCAGUGUUCUUCAUCACAUGAUCACGGAACCGCUGGUGUGCUUCGAGCGUUUCUCCAAAUGGAAGCGGCUGUUGAGAACGGUCGCAUAUGUUCACCGAUUCAUCACGAACCUCCAGAAUCGAACCAACCAGAUACCCGUCGAGCUAGGACCGCUUACGCAAGAGGAACUGAAUAGUGCCGAACAAACCAUCUACCGUCAAGUGCAACGGCAAGCCUAUCCGGACGAGGUUCAAAUGCUAAGCCACGUGGAUUGGGACAAACAGCCCUGGGAACGCAUCAUCCCGAAGACCAGCCUGUUAUACAAGCUUAGCCCGGCCAUCGACGCACACGGUGUACUACGGAUGCGCGGACGGAUCGAAGCUUGUGAGUGGGUAGAUGAAACCGUCAAGAAUCCGAUCCUGCUUCCGAAGCGUCAUCACGUAACCGAUUUGGUGAUCGCCGAUUAUCACAACAAGUACCGUCACCAAAACCACCAAACGGUGAUGAACGAAGUAAGGCUGAAAUACUUCAUUCCCCGGCUUCGAUCAGAGUACAACCGUGUCCGCAAAAAUUGUCAACAUUGCAAGGUACGCCGAGUAAAUCCGCAGCCCCCUGCCAUGGGAAACCUUCCUCCCGCACGCCUAGCGGCGUUUCAGCGACCGUUCUCGUACACCGGAAUAGACUAUUUCGGCCCGAUGUUGGUAGUAGUCGGAAGACGAGUUGAGAAACGGUGGGGUGUUCUGCUGACCUGCUUGACGACAAGGGGCGUUCACAUCGAGCUCGCACACUCUCUCACGACGGAUUCCUGUAUUCUUGCUCUACGAAACUUUAUCGCGAGAAGAGGAUCCCCGCUCGAGAUCAUUAGCGACCGAGGCACAAAUUUCGUUGGAGCUUCGCGGGAGUUACGUGAAGCUUCGAAGAAUGUCGACGAGGAGAAACUAAUGACCACCUUCGUCGGGCCGAAAACCAAGUGGACGUUUAAUCCACCGGCUGCUCCGCAUUUCGGAGGCUGUUGGGAGCGAUUAGUGCAGGCAGUCAAGAAGAUCCUGUAUGAGUUCAACCCUCCGCGGCUACCGACCGACGAGAUCCUUCGAUCAAUGCUCAUGGAGAUCGAGAUGAUCAUCAACUCAAGACCACUCACCCAUAUACCGCUAGACACUGACACUGAGCCCCCCUUAACGCCCAACCAUUUCUUGUUAGGGUGCUCGAAUGGAAGCAAGCCCCCGAUCGCAUUCGACGACCGACCUGUUAUCCUGAAGCAGUCGUGGAAGAUGUCUCAGCUUUACGCCGACGAGUUCUGGAAGAAAUGGGUGACCGAAUACCUGCCGACCCUAACCCGGAGGACGAAAUGGUUCCAACCUACGAAGCCCAUCGAAGAAGGGGAGUUGGCCUUGAUCGCGGACAACAAUCUUCCAAGGAACUGCUGGCCGAGGGGUCGCAUUGUGAAGGUCGUUCGCUCCAGCGACGGACAGGUGAGACGAGUAACCGUGCAAACGGAGCACGGACUGCUGGAGCGACCAGCGAUCAAGAUCGCUAUUCUGGACGUCGGUUCAGAAGGAAGAGCGUCAGAACUGACGGCAUCCAGCUCUGUAUCCAGAGUACCAUCUGUAGCUGCAUAUGUUAUUGUGAAAACAGACGAAACGCAGAUGCUAGAUUAUAAUAAUGUAUCAUUCCGCUGCCCUACUUCGACCCCCGACACAAGCCGGAAAAGAAGUUUCGAAAAUGAACCACUGGAUUUAACCAACUCUGGUCCGUUGGAUCUUUCAUCCACGGUAAGCAUACAAUCGGAGCAUACAUUACCGGAACCGUCCCCCAUGAUUGAGCUGAUCAUCGACCAACCUGUCGAUUUAACAGUGACUCGACGGGUGGAGAAGAACGUGCCGAUUGAUUUAGCAAUGAAGCGACAAAAUUCAACCUUCAAUCCUGUCAGUUCAUGGAACUGCACGCAGGUAGCUCAGAAACCUGGUUUCAUUGAAUCCGCUCCGGAUGCCAAAGAAUCACUCGUCGGAUGUUCGUCAGCGGACGAAACCAACGUUGGAUGUGGAAUCCAAUACCGGAAGAAUCCAUUACGAGAUGCUCCAAUAAGAAAAUUUACCGCUUCGUUAAACGAGAAUCUAGCACAGGGUAUUCAAAAUUCUGUAGUCCCAAUGAUUGCCUUAAUUAAUGAGGAGACCGAGGAUGCUUCGAAAGUUCAAGAACCGCCCACCGAAUGUCCGACAGCUGACGAAUCCAACGUUGGAUGCAUAAUACAAUGUCAGAAGAAUCCAUCACCAGGUGCUCCUAUGACCAUGAGAAAAUUGACCGCUUCGCUAAACGAGAAUCACGCGCAGGAUAUUCAAAAUCUUGUAGACCCAAUGUUUGAAUUAAUUGAUGACGAGGCUGAGGACGAAGAAUUUGAAGAGAAUGCUGACGUGGAAGGCCUCACGUAG